CCUUAUAUAAGGUGGCUCUACUCUUUCUGCUAUUUGGUCCACAAAUCAAACUCGUUGUUUCUUGAUUUCUCAUUGUUCAUCAGCAAGAAGUUUUUACUGCUUGAGUGCUAUCCACUAAUGGAGGACAAUCUUGAAUCUCCGAUCUCUACUUUGAAAGUUGAUUUUGGCUGCUCAAAGAAUUGUCCAAAUGAUGUGAAGAUCAUGUUGCAACAACUAAAGGGAGUGAAAUCAAUUUCCAUUGAUCCAAGUGAAGGGAAGGUAACAGUUGCUGGUAAUGUUCAUCCCAUGGUGCUGGUUAAGCUUCUUCAGAAGAUGGGGAAAAAGGCAAAACUUUGGUCCUUUGACCAAGGACCAAUGCAAAAGAGAUCCGGUUCUUCUCAUUCAAAACAGAAAGACACUUCCCAUGGUUGCUGCGAGGGUUGUCACUCGGAGAACGAUUCUGACACUGAUUCUGAUCAUGAUUGUGUGCACAGGACACGGCAUGGUCAUAAGAGCAAGAAAAAGCAUAGCCAUAAACAUAGUUUUGGUUAUGAACAUGCAGCACCACCACCUGUCCAAGGAUAUCAUCAUCCACCCCCACCACCACCACAGGUCUCAGGAUAUCAUUAUCCACCAAUGCCAGGGUAUCCCCAGCACCAACCAUUCUCAGGAUAUCAUUCUCAUCCACAGAUGCAGAGGUUCCCACCUAUGUCAUAUGCAGGACCACCACCACCAAUGUAUCCAGGAUCAUAUCCAGGAUCAAUGCCCAUGUAUGGUGGUGGUUACUAUGGAAGGGGUCAGCCUGCCGGACCCGCUUAUGGAAAUUAUGGCCCAAGGCAGUCAAGACCCAAUCCCAUGACCCAUUACCGCAGUUAUGCAGACAAUUAUUAUCGCUAUUAGAUGCAAUUGUGAGAUUCUAACUCGAAUAAGAUUGCCUUAGCACAGGAUACAAUUGUUACUAUCUAUUUGAUCCUGCUGCUCUGGUUUAAAUCCAAGAUAUUAUUAGAAAUUUUGGAUUUACCAAAUUUUUCCUUUUCUUUAUUUGAUGCAAUUCUGCUAUGCUGCCAUCAAUUUCAUUUGUUAAUGCUACUACCAUGCUUAUAAUAUAGGACUACAUUUUGCAAGUUUCAGUAUAUGCAUCAUUUCUCAUGAUCAAUAUCAUCAGUCAGUCCCUCCCUCUCCCUGAGAAAAAAUUAUGCAUAUGAUCCAAAUCCCUCUCAAGUAAAAGAAAACCAGUUGUGCCAGCACUCGGCACAAUAUCAUAAAAUCAAGGAAAUUCUGACUUAGAAUGAGUAUGAUUAUUUCCUACAUAAAAAAAAGGAAUAAUGCGAAUCAAUUUUUGAAAACUGUCAUAGUUUGCGUCCCACAUCGUAUUAAAAACUUCCCUUUUUUAAAAGUACUUUCCCUUUUUGCAUUAUUAUCCUAUGUGGGUGUUUUGGAUAGUGCUGGAUUUCCAGCUGCUGUAACAGCUCAUUUUGUGCCCAUGGAAGGUCAACGACGGCCACGGAUGACAAUUCUUAUAAAAUUCACUGAGGAGGUUGAUGUAGAGAAGCAAGAUUAGGCUGAUGUUUAUACCAUGAAUUUUCAAGAUAUUU